AUGCGUUUCACGCGCAAUUUGCCAUUCUACAUACUAUGGACUGUAGGCUGCACCUGUCCACCUCCAAACCAGGAUGCCCUGAACAUCACUUCAGACCCCCUCCAGCCGCAGGACCCGGGACGCUGCCUCUUCAGAUCCAUCCUGCCCUCGGAUACAACUGUGCAGGCGCUGCUGUGCGUCUUCAUACUGAUGACCAUCAUCUCCCUCGUGAUCAACGGGUGCACUUUGUUCAGCAUCGGCAGUUCUGAAGACUUGUCCUGGCAGCCGCGCUUUGCCCUGCUGAAGAGCCUCAUAGUCAGUGAUGUUCUCCUCAUCGUCACCCAAGGUCCAACACUCACAUACUGCCUGCUCCAGAAGACCACGCUGCCCUAUGGAUUUUGGUGCGUCUUUCAGUUCUUUAUCAACACUGUUUGCGUUUUCUGCACUGUGCUUACUAUAACCUGCAUGGCCCUGGAGCGCUACGUCUACGUGUGCCAGGCUAUAUAUUAUAUUAGCAUACUAACCAGAAAGCGACUUUACUGCAUAGUUGGUUUCACGUGGUUUACGUCGGUGUUCUUUUCCACAAUGAUCACAUUUUUACUCAGUUUGGGUCACAAAAGCGCACUGCUGGACAAACCUAUAGCCGGACUGCUUUGUGAGCCGGACACUUUGGAGGCCCACCUGGGCUUUCCUCGGGCUGCAGCGGUGUUUCGGAAGAUUGUUGGGCUUGUUGUGACGCUGCUUUGCAUUUGUUCCUACUCGUUCUCGUACGUUUGCAUGUACCAGAAGGCGCAAAACGCCGUUCAGCCUUUCCAUCAGGUCAACAACAGAGCGCGCACGACCGUAAUGUUUUACUGCUCCAUGCUGCUGGUUCAGAUGCUCCCCAUCUUUUUAAAAAUCGCCUCAGAUGCUGUAUAUGAGCUCGAAGGCAACAUGGCUAUGUAUUCUGGAAGCUGGCGCUCUGCCGGGACGCUCCACAUCACGCUGCUUGUGAUGCUUCAGUUUCCCCCCUGCGUUAAUCCACUCAUUUACGGGCUGCGCAACAAGGAGGUGCGGGCGGCUCUGCCCAGGCUGCUGUUCUGGAGGAGGGAGAACCGACACUAA